AUGGAGCGUGUGCGCCAGAGCCCCCCCCACUCGCCCUCUCCGAUUCGCCGCCUCCCGCGCGCCCCUCGUUCUGAUUGGCUGCCGUUCUGGCCCCGCCCCCUUGGCGGGGUCCGGAAGCGUCGGGGCUCAGUCGGGCAGGCCCGGGCCGGCGGCGCGGCGGCCGGCCGCGAGGAUGCGGAGCUCCGGGGCCGCCAUGGCGGCGGGGGCGUGGGGGCUGUCACGGCUGAGCCGCCGCCGCCGCUGGGCCGCCUGCCCGGAGGAGCCGGCACUGAGCGCGCCCUGGAAGAAGCAGAGGCCUCCGGCACCCUCAGUCUGGCCGGCCGGCGGCUGCGCGCCUUCCCGGCGGCGGCGGCGCGGCGCUGGGACCUCAGCGACACCACACAGGCCGACCUGUCGCGAAACCGUUUCGGGGAGGUGCCGGAGGCCGCUUGCCGCCUGGUCUCGCUGGAGGGGCUGAGCCUGUACCACAACUGCCUGCGCAGUCCCCCGGCCAUCGCCAACCUCCAGGCCCUGGCGCACCUGGACCUCAGCCGCAACCAGCUGAGCUCCCUGCCCGCCUGCCUGUCCCUGCUGCCCCUGCGCGUCCAACGCACGCCAGCACAACCGCUGGCCCAGCUGCCCCCGAACCUGGGCGCCCUGCGCACGCUGCGGCAGCUGGACGUCGGCUGUAACCGGCUGCGGGCGCUGCCGCCGGUGGGGCAGCUGCGGGCGCUGCGGGACCUAGCAGCGUGGCGGAACCAGCUGGCGGCGCUGCCCGAGGAGCUCUCGGAACUGCCCCUGGUCCGGCUGGAUUUCUCCUGCAGGGUAGUCGCGAUCCCGCGCUGCUUCCGGCGGCUCCGGCACCUCCAAAUCCUGCUGGCGGACAACAACCCCCUCCAGUUCCCCCCGCCCAGGUGAGGGGGGAUCUGCCUGAAGGGCAAAGUCCACAUCUUCAAGUACCUGGAAGCCGAGGCUGCCGCCCAUCCUCCCCCAGCAUGCGCUGUUUGCCCCCCGCAGCCCCCGGACGAGCCGUGUCCCCUCCGGCAGCGGGGGGGGCUGGACUCCGGCUUCCACAGCGUCGACAGCGGCAGCAAGCGCUGGUCAGGGAACGAGUCCACGGAUGAGUCCUCGGAGCCGUCCCGGCAGCACAGGGAGACACGCGGCGGGGCAGCUGGUGACAGCGACCCGGAGCAGCUGGAGGAGGAGCCCUCGCCCGAGGAGCAGCAGGGCCAGACCCCACGAGGUGACACCCACGAGGGUAUCAGGGUGGUCCCCACUUCCCGGAGACGCCCCAAGAACCUGGAGGUGUGGAUGGAGAGAGAGAGGGAGAGGAGUCGGGACAGGACCCCCCCCCAGAGACCCCCCCAGACGACGACGCUGCCGGACCCUGACGGAGCCCCCGGCCCCCCAAAAACCAGCCCCUGCCUCAGCCCCUCCUUUCCCCGCAGUGCCACCAAGCCAGCCGCCCCGGAUCCCGACCAGCUGAUUGCUGAGGUGCGCCAGAGCCUCGAGGCGCUGCUGCAGCUGCGGCUCCCGGACGAGCUGGGGGACUCGGAGCUGCUGGGCCGCGUGGCCGCCCGGCUGCGCCCCUGGGCGAGCCCCCCCAGCGCCCACCGGACGCCGCCGCCCUGCCGCCGCUCGGGGGUCCCCGAGGUACCCCCCCCCAUCCCCGGCGCCCCCCCCCCCGGGCUGCUCUUCGCCCUCUUCUACGGCCUCCUCAUGGCGCUGCUCGUCGCCGCCCACCGCGCGCUCUUUGGCUGCUGAGGGACCCCCCCCCAAACCCCGGGGAGCCCCCCCAGAACUUGGGGGGAGCUCCCCAACCCCGGGGGAACCCCCAAACCCCCGGGGGG